UGACGGAAGCCAAGGAACUUGCUGUGCUCCCGAUGCAGUAUGUCUGAGUAAUGGUUUAUGUCUCUCGGUGAACCAACCCUUUGGACUGUCACGUGGGAGCUGUUCCGAUCAAUAUUGGCAUGCUUGCAAGCACAUAUGCUGUGAGUCUCAGAGCCUGUUUAGGACCUCUGGCAUCUGCGCUGAGCGUUUCAGGAAAUCCUUUGGCUACUUCGGAUCAGCGAGACCUCGAUGCCCUGGCAAUCGAGAUCUAUCAAGACAACAGCUUCCCUGUUCUAAAAGCUGAAGCAAAGGCGGCCUACAAGACGGCUCACGGGUCGCCCAUCAGCGACGAAGCUUCCUCGAGUCUCGACGCGGCAAUCGAAGAACUCAUCUUCAGCUCUGUCCAGAAGGCCGUGAACAACGACCCAUACUAUCCAAAAGUCUAUUGGGUCGAUGCUGGUCCGCGGGACUGGUUUAAUCUUGAGGUACCAGGUGGACGAUACUCCUACGACAAUCCGGACUGCAUCUAUCGCACCAUUCCGAUCAGCUCCGACGUGGACUAUAUCGUGACGGGCUAUCGCCACGCACCAGGCCCGACCGACGUCAGCUUCUCCCUGAUUAGCGACCCAAACUCCCAGAAUACCGUGGCCUAUCUUGCCGGUAGUGAUCUGGUCAUCGCUAGCGAUGGCUCGUAUAGUAUCACGAUCAACAGCUCUGCCGCAGACGACCAGUCGAACCAUAUCCAGUCAACCAGUUCAGCCGUGCAGCUCUUGAUUCGAAACAACCUUGGAGACUGGCUGUCCGAGACACCGGACAGCAUCACCGUGGAAGCAGUCAGUGAUGUGACCAGUCACGACGCCAUCACCAACGCCCAGAUCCUCGUGGAUGCCAAAUGGAACCUGCAGGAAUCCAUCGUCGACUACGGAGUGGGGGCACUGGGGCUCAAGACAUCAAUCUACGCGGUGAACACGCUCUCCACGCCCAGCCAGUCCAGCACCCUCGGCACCCUGACGACCCAGGCGAGCUCAUUCGGGCACUUCAACCUCACCGACGACGAGGCGCUCGUCGCCACCCUCACGCCCGGAGCGGCCGACUACUUCGUCUUCCCCGUGACGGAUCCGUGGCUGGUGACCACUGACCCCGCCAGUCAGGUCAGUCUGAACAGCAAGCAGUCCGUCGCCAAUGACGAUGGCACCUACACAUUUGUUGUGUCUGUCGCGGAUCCCGGGGUCUACAACUGGGUCAACACGACUGGUCUACACGAGGGCACGAUCAUGGUGCGCUGGCAGGGUUUGAGCUCGUCGUCCAGCGACUCUGUCGCUAUCCAGGCUCAGACCGUCGCGCUUUCAGACUUGGCAUCCGUCCUUCCUAGCGAAACCCGUUACGUGACUGCACAGGAGCGCGCGGUGCAGCUUGCCGGUCGUGUUGCCGGCUAUGCUUUGCGUUUAGAAUCCUGAUGGGCUUGACGGUGAUUAUACUGAUGGAGACGCUUGAUCCUUUGAUUUCGGAGCCAAGGAGGUCGAGCCCAACGGAUUCAGGCAGGGCCCUCGAGGGAAGGUUCGGGAUAGUAGGUAUUAAGUUCGGGAGGGUAUGCUGAAAUAAAAUAUGAAAUCCAAAGUGAAGUAGAGAAAAGUGUUAACUUUCUUUGUAAAGAAGACAUUAUGUAAAACUGGCACUUCGGCUUCCUGGGUUAUAUAGUCAGUAGCUUCCGGCUGUAUGAUAAAGUGCAGCCUAAAUGCAAGUCUACCGCACUGAUGUUCACCGACAAGAUACAGAUUGCCCCAUCCAGGCAACAAAUUAACCAGGAUCAGAGUAUAGUACUGUACCCGGUGCGGGGAAAGACUACCAAGUGAUGUACAGUACAUUGUGGU